AUGGCUCCAACUGCUGAGUCUGCGGAGGAUGGCCCUGAGGACUCCAAAGGGAAGACAAAGUCGAGCUUCUCGAAUCCUACAGUCCUUAAGGCAGCUUUGGACAUUGUGAAACACAAAAAGAAGGAAGCCGUCGAGAAAGAGCAGUACGAUCAGGCGGCACGCUUCCAGCAGAAAAUCAAGCAGCUAGAGGCCCAGUUGGCCCUGCUGGACAAGAACGGUUCGGAGGGCAGCGGAGCCGGAGUGGGCAGCGGAAGUACCUCCUUGGGUGAAGAAGAGGAGGAUGAGGACGAGGAUGAGCAACCGAGAAAGCCUAUCCAGAGGAGAUCGCUGCUUUCUGCUCCAAAUCCAUUUCGCACUGUGGAGUUGCUAGAGCAGAGUGGCUACACCAGGCCGCAGGCCUGCGGAAUGCUCUUCCUGCUUUACAUCAUGGUUUUUGUUCUCGAAGUCCUGUUGGUGUAUGUGGGCUGGAGGGUUCUUGGUUUGGGAGGCGAGUCUGCCGAAUACGGCAGCAGUGAGGACCUUAUGGAAGAGCUUUAG